UGUGGCAACAGAAUGUUGUCGGGUUACAAAACUAAAAGCAACGUCAAGGACUCUUACAAAAUUCUUGAACUUGAGGAAGGAUGUUCCCUUGAUGAUGUCAGAAACUCGUACCGAACGCUUGCCAAAAAAUACCAUCCAGACAGCGGUUCUGCCACAGCUGAUUCUGAAGCAUUCGUGAAAGUAGAAGAGGCAUACAGAGUGGUGCUCAGUGAUGUGGCAACCAAAAAGAAAUCAAACGAGAAUAAUGAAGAGGAGGAAGAUCAGUUCAAAUCAAAAGCACCACAGCAUAGACACUACUUGAGUUUUGAAGGUGUCGGUUUUGGAACACCAAGCCAAAGAGAAAAGCAAUACAUGCAGUUUCGAGUAGACCGUGCUACCGAACAAGUAUUGGAGUACCGGAAGCAGAGACUUGAGAGCCAGUAUGCUGCGACUGACUUAAUGAAAGCCAAAGACGUGAAGGAAAGCAAAAAGGUGAAGAUAACUCAGGCAGUUGAACGGUUGGUUGAGGACCUCAUCCAGGAAUCAAUGGCGAAGGGAGACUUUGAUAACCUCAGUGGCAAAGGAAAACCUUUGCAGAAGUUUUCAGACUGUCCGCAUAUCGACCCUAUGACUCACAACUUGAACAGGAUUCUGAUAGACAAUGGGUACCAGCCAGAGUGGAUUCUGCUGCAGAAAGAAAUACGGGAAACCAUUGAGCGGUUAAGGAAGAGUAUAGUGGUGUCUAGAAGUAAUCUCGGAGGGCCAAUGACACCGUACAGGCAAAAGCAAUGGAAUCGUAUUUGUGAGCAAUUCGUAGAAGAUAUCAGGAAAUUAAACAAAAGAAUCGACAACUUCAAUUUGGUUGUUCCUAUUCUGAGCAGACAAAUGGUGCACUUCAGUGCAGAUAAAGAACUUGUUCGAGCACAAAAGACUUAUGAAACUUUGAUGGAAAACAAAGAGGCUUCUAAUUCAGACACAAAGGAAAAUGAAGAGGAAAAUGUUAAACGGUUUGGGUGGAAGUCUUCUCUGUUUAAGUGGUUAAACCUUACUUUGAAAUAA